AUGCGUCCUCUGCAUGGCGAUGAAACCAAGGCUUUCUUUGAAAAAUUGGCAAACUACAUCGGAAGCGAGAAUAUAAAGCGUCUGUUAGAGCGAUCGGAUGGAAAAUACCAGUUUAUUUUGCACAAAGAGCGAGUCUACUACGCCUCGGAAGAUAUUGUAAAGAAGGCAGGAAGUUGCGCGCGCGAGAACCUGAUCUCUGUCGGUGUCUGUUUUGGUAAAUUCACGAAAACGAAGAAAUUUCGCCUACAGAUAACAGCUCUCGACUAUCUCGCCCCAUACGCGCAGUUCAAGGUGUGGCUCAAAGCCAGCAGUGAACAGAGCUUCCUCUAUGGGAACCACGUGUUAAAAUCAGGACUUGGUCGAGUGACAGAGAAUACGGAUCAGUAUCAAGGAGUCGUUGUCUACACGAUGAAUGAUGUUCCGCUUGGAUUCGGGGUUGCAGCAAAGAACACGAGUGAAAUCAGAAAGGCCGAUCCCAUGAAUAUUGUGGUCUUUCAUCAGGCCGAUAUUGGAGAAAUGAAAACUGCCUCGUAUGAACUGCCUAAACAUUUCAAUUCAUUCAGAAUGGGCUUCGAAACAUGUGGUCCAAACGAAGCGAUGGUCGUGUCCGGAUGCGGCAAGUCUGAGCCUGAGACGAUUUGUGGUGGUCGAGCAUGGGUGUGGCCUAUCUUCCAGAAAGUCCAGCGCCUCUCACUCAAUGCGAUGACCUUACAAAUCAAGUCGGUUUCUGUGAACACCAAGCAAGGUGUUCCGAUUUCCUGCAUCGGUAUCGCCCAGAUCAAAAUCGGAUCAGAAGACAAGGACCUACUAAAUAGAGCAUGCAUGCAUUUUUUGGGAAAGAACGAAGAAGAAAUCCGCCAUAUUGCCUUGGAAACAAUGGAAGGUCAUCAACGCGCUAUUAUGGGUACGAUGACAGUGGAAGAGAUUUACCAAGAUCGAAAGUCUUUCUCUGAACAAGUGUUCGAGGUGUCUAUCACUGAUAUGCACACAAUGGGGAUCACAGUCGUCUCCUACACCCUCAAGGAUAUUCAUGACAACCACGAGUAUCUUGCGUCUCUCGGCCGAGGCCAAACAGCGUUAGUCAAACGAGACGCACGAAAAGGUGAAGCAGAGGCGAAAAUGAACUCGGCGAUCAAGAACUCGCACGCGGAGAAAGAACGAAUGGAGUCCAAGUACCAAAACGACACGGCGAUUGCCCAGUCAAAACGGGACUUUGACUUGCGGAAGGCACAGAAUGAUCAAGAAAUCCAGACGCAGAAGGCCAUUUCCGACUUGGCUACGAAGCUUCAGGAAGCGUUGACUCGACAACAAGUGAAGGACGCUGAAAUGCAGGUCAAAAUGAUCGAGCGAAAGCGACAGAUUGAGCUGCAGGAUCAGGAGAUACUUCGCAAGCAAAAAGAACUUGAAGCACGAGUCAAGAAGCCUGCAGAAGCCGAAAAGUAUAAGCUUGAAGUGGAAGCUGAAGCUACUCGUCUUCGAAUGGUUCUGGAAGCAGAAGCAGAGGCUGAGCAAUUGCGAUUGCAGGGUGAAGCCCGGGCGUACGCUAUCCAAGAGAAGGCCAAGGCCGAAGCCGACCAGAUGAGAAAGAAGGCAGCUGCGUGGAACAAAUACAAAGACGCUGCUAUCGUCGACAUGGUUUUGGAAACUCUUCCAAAGAUUGCCGAAGAAGUGGCUGCUCCUUUGGCCCAGACAGGAAAGAUCACGAUGGUCUCAACUGGAAAUGGCGAAAUCGGUGCUUCAAGACUCACUGGCGAGAUUCUUGACGUGGUCACCCGUCUACCACAAGUCGUGGAGUCGAUGACAGGACACAAACUUGCAACAAUCGAUGGGAAAAACUUGUCGGUUCAGACGAAAAACGUGGCGGAGAACGAUGCGCCUAAAUUCAACCAGGACUUCGAUCUGUCCAUUUCAAAGCGAGAUGGUUUGACAGUGGAAGUGAUUGACUACAAGCGAAAGAAAGUGCUCGGUGGAACGCAUCUCUCUUCGGCUAAAAUCGAGCGGUUAAAGCAACAAGGGGGAGUCCAGAGUCUCAGCUUGCGAAACCCGAAAGAUCAAGCCAAUAGCGGCGUUGUUUAUUUAGAGGUUAACUCGCGUGCCCCACGCCGUCCCUCAGCACCCGCAGAGGCACGUUCACGGCCGCAGCAUGAUCAGGAUUACUUCCGCCGUGAUAUAAUCCAUGGACCGCCGCUGCCAAAACAUUAUGAAAGAAGAGUCACAAACAAAGGACAAGUGUUUUGGUUGAACCACAAUACUGGACAGAAGACUUGGCACGAUCCACGAUUUCCGCGGAGGCGUGUCCAAUCUGAAGGACCGCUUCCCCUGGCUGGGAGAUCAGAACACUUGACAAUGGUCGUCCUUAUUACAUUAAUCACGAGACGAGAAGAUGUCUUUGAGUCUUCUUACCGAGCUAUCUUCGCAUGCCCCGCAAAUCUUCUCCACAGUCGCCUGUACAUCACUUUCGAUAAAGAAAUUGGCAUUGACUAUGGCGGUGUCGCCCGAGAAUGGCUCUACUUACUCUCGAAGCAAAUGUUCUCGCCAGAUUACGGGCUUUUCGAGUAUGUUACUGAUGAUGACUAUCUUCUGCAGUUGAGUCCGAUAUCGUCCGCUAAUCCUGACCACUUAAACUACUUCAAGUUCAUCGGACGCGUGCUUGGCAUCGCUAUUUUCCACGGGCACUACAUCGAUGCUGCUUUUUCUCCUAUCAUUUACAAACAACUCCUUUCGCUGCCACUGUCGCUUGAAGAUCUGAAAGGGGUAGAUGAUGACCUUCAUAAAAAUCUCUCUUGGAUCCUUGAAAACGAUGUCGUCGAAAAUGGCCUUGGUGAUCAGCCUUUUACAGUCGACUGGGAUGUGCUUGGCGAACAGAAAACUGCGAAUCUAUGCCCCGAUGGUGAUAAAAUUACUCUCACCGAGCUAAAUAAGCGAGACUAUGUUGCACUUUACGUGGCGUGGCGUCUAUCACGUGAUACUGAGCAGCAGCUGCAAGCGCUCAAGAGUGGACUCUUUGAAAUAGUUCCUUCAAGUUUCUUGUGCGUUUUCGACUCACGAGAGCUCGAACUAGUCCUUUGCGGCUUAGCCUCCAUCGAUGUUGAUGACUGGCAGCGCAACACUAAAUACGGACACCUAACCGCGGACUCUGAGCUCGUUACAUGGUUCUGGACUAUUGUGCGUUCCAUGGACGACGUGAAUCGCGCGCGUCUUCUUCAAUUUUGCACAGGCAGCUCGCGGGUACCUGUCGCAGGCUUCAAAAACCUUCGUGGUGCAACAAAUAAAGAUUCCAAUUCUGUACGACCUUUCAGCCUUGUCCUUAUUGAGGGGUCUCCUGAUCUCCUUCCUAAAGCUCAUACUUGUUUCAAUCGCCUUGACAUUCCGAUUUACGAAUCACGUGAACAAUUCUCCGAAAAACUUCACUUUGCAAUUAACGAAACUAUCGGCUUCCAUGAUAAAUAA